AUCUUCAUCGCAUAUCACAUCCACACCCACACCCACACCCACACCCACACCCACACCCACACCCAGAGAUAACCUAGACGAUAAUGACCGCAAAGCUUGAAGACGUCGUGAACAAGUCCUUCGACUACAUCAUCGUCGGUGCAGGUACCGCAGGGCUUGUCGUUGCCGCGCGCCUCUCCGAGGACCCGGCGACCUCUGUGCUUGUCCUCGAGGCUGGCGCUGCCAACCUCGAUGAUCCCAACCUCACUUUGCCCGCAACGUACGGGAAGGUCUUCAAGGACCCGAACUACGACUGGGCAUUCACCACCGUCCCCCAGAAGCACGCCGACAACAAUACCUACCUGUGGGACCGCGGCAAGACCCUCGGCGGGAGUUCCGCGAUCAACUUCUACGUCUGGAACAGACCGGGUGCUUUGGAUAUCGACGCUUGGGAGAAGCUCGGCAACCCCGGCUGGAACUGGAAAAACUACCUCAAGUACUCGAAUAAAUCCGAGACAUGGAUCCCCCCAACCGCCGAUGAAGAAGCCGCGGAGCGCCUCACGUAUGAUGCCCAGUUCCACGGCACCGACGGCCCGCUCGGGAUCGGCUUCUCAUCUACGCGCGCGGGUUGGGAUAUCCCGCUGCAGGACGCGUUGGGCAACCUCGGUAUCGACCCGGUCAAAGAGCCGCUUGGAGGGAGCCCGAUCGGCUCGUUCAUGGCGGCUUCGUCGACGGACCCGCGCACACACAAGCGCACGUAUUCCAUCGAAUACUACUACGCCGCGGCAGGCCGCAAGAACCUCACCGUGCUCACCUCUGCGCCGGCCUCGCGCAUCCUGACUGCGACUUCGCCGUUCCCGCGCGGCGACGGCGCACCCAAGACUGUUCUCGCGAAGGGCGUUGAGUUCGUGUACGACGGCAAGACGCACACCGUAGGUGCCGGGAAGGAGGUAAUUUUGAGCGCGGGCGCGAUCAAGUCUCCGCAGUUGCUCGAGCUGUCGGGCAUCGGCGAUCCGAAGGUGCUGAAUGCGCUCGGUAUCGAGGUCAAGGCGGCGCUACCUGCUGUUGGGAACAACUCGCAGGAACACAAUUUCGUCGGCCUGUCGUGGGAGAUCAACGAGCAGGAGAAGUACAGCACGCUGGACGCUCUACGCGACCCAGCGAACGUCGAUGCACAGCUCGCGCUCUACGCUCAAGGCAAGGGCCUCUUCACCGUCGGCAACGUCGGCCUCGCUAUGCUCCCGCUUGAAACUGUCUCCCCGCGCGGCGCAGAGCUGCACGAGGCGUACGCGAAGCGCCUGCGCGCCCGCAUUGCGAGCGGCGAGUUCUCGCCGGGCUUGGCGGCACAGUACGAGCGCCAGCUCGAGUUCUGGGAGAAGAAGGACGGCGAUUUGGAGGUCAUCAGUUUCCCGAGUUUCUUGAGCGGCCCGAACCCUCCUGAGCCGGGCAAGAGCUACUUGUCGAUCAUUGCCGCCGUCAACCACCAGUUCUCGCGUGGAACCAUCCACGCGUCGUCGACCGAUGCGAACCAGCAGCCGACGAUCGACCCGCACUACUUCGAGGAGGACAUCGAUCUGCAGACGUUCCUGGAGCAUGUCAAGUUCGUCCGCAGGCUUGUAAAAACGGACCCGCUCGCACCUAUAGUCGGCAAGGAAAUCAACCCCGGUCCCGAAGUGCAGACCGACGAGCAGCUCGCGACGUGGCUCAAGCAGACGAUGUCGACGACUUACCAUACCGCGGGCACGACCGCGAUGUUGCCCCUCGAUAAGGGCGGUGUGGUCGACCCUUCUCUGAAGGUAUACCACACGGAGAACAUCCGCGUUGUCGAUCUCGGGGUCAUGCCCCUCCAGAUCGCGUCGCAUACCCAAGCGACCGUGUACGCGAUCGCCGAACAAGCCGCGGAUAUCAUCAAGGGCAAGUUCGUCGCCUAAGCCUGACACAGAAUUGGACUCGACGUCUGGGGUCAAGUCAAUUUGGACGUGGAAAAUACCCCGAUGUAACGAAGGCUGAUGGACUGGGAACGAAAUGGGAGGUAGGAAGGUGAACGUCGAUGCUGUCUUGUCUGCUGUGUAUAGAGUACGUGUGUGUCGGAGUGUCCUGCUUGUGAAUUCGAAUGCUUUGAUCUUUUGUUUUGGCUUUGUACGUAAAUUGCUGUUGGUGCGUUAUGGAACCUUCGUGCCUGGCGUCAGCUACUAUUCGCCUCAGUUGCGCCGAGGCAGUCACUUGUCGUCG